AUGGAGGGGAGGGCCCGGAGCUCCUCGGCCCACGGGCGAGGCGGCGGGUCCCCCCACAAGCAGAACAAGCGGGCGAAGGCCGAGAGGGGCGGCGGAGGCCGCGGGAGCCGGGGUGCUGGGCCCGAGCGGUCGGGCUCCGGGCGGGCAGCGAGCCCGGGGGAGCCCCGAGCGCCUGCCGCCACCGUGGUGGACGUGGAUGAGGUCCGGGGCUCCGGCGAGGACGGCACCGACGUGGUGGCGCUGCUGGAGAGCGAGCGGCCGGAGGAAGGUAACAAGUCCUCUGGUUUAGGGGUCUGUGAGUGGCUUCUUGUCCUCACUUCCCUGGUCUUUAUCAUCGUGACCUUCCCUUUUUCCAUCUGGUUCUGCAUAAAGGUUGUACAAGAGUAUGAGAGAGUAAUUAUAUUCCGACUGGGACAUCUGCUUCCUGGAAGAGCCAAAGGCCCUGGCCUUUUCUUCUUUUUGCCCUGCCUAGAUACCUACCACAAGGUUGACCUUCGUCUCCAGACCUUGGAGAUACCCUUUCAUGAGGUUGUGACCAAAGACAUGUUUGUAAUGGAGAUAGAUGCCAUCUGCUACUACCGAAUGGAAAACGCCUCUCUUCUCCUAAGCAGUCUUGCUCAUGUGUCCAAAGCUGUCCAAUUCCUUGUGCAGACCACCAUGAAGCGUCUCCUAGCACAUCGAUCACUCACUGAAAUUCUUUUAGAGAGGAAGAGCAUUGCACAAGAUGUAAAGGUCGCCUUGGAUUCAGUGACCUGUAUUUGGGGAAUCAAAGUGGAGAGAACAGAAAUUAAGGAUGUGAGGUUGCCAGCCGGGCUUCAGCACUCACUAGCUGUGGAAGCCGAAGCACAAAGACAGGCCAAAGUGCGGAUGAUCGCUGCGGAAGGGGAAAAGGCUGCCUCGGAGUCCCUGAGGAUGGCAGCUGAAAUUCUGUCAGGCACUCCAGCUGCUGUUCAGCUUCGAUACCUCCACACCCUUCAGUCUUUGUCCACAGAGAAACCUUCCACUGUGGUUUUACCUUUGCCAUUUGACCUGCUAAAUUUCCUGUCUUCUCCCAGCAAUAGAACUCAGGGAAGCAUCCCCUUCCCAAAUCCUUCCAAACCUGUUGAGCCACUAAAUCCUAAUAAGAAAGACUCUCCCAUGUUAUAA